GCGAGAACAGAUGCAGCUGACACAGGAGACGACAAUGAUCACAAUACUGAUCGGGAACCUGCUUCUGGCUCUGGGAUGCCACGAGAUGACGACCGCCCUGGACGUGCCAGCAGCUGCUCCAGGAGACCGCCUCCGCCUGUACCGAUCCAUGGAGUUUCUUCUGCCCCUGCUGCUCGUUCUUCAGCGCGGCGGCACCCCGGCCUGGGCAAAAGGAAGCACCUUCCUACGGAGGUCGGUUCUGGCUAGAGAUCGCACGGCUCAUCCACGGCCGAUGCCGAAGGACGACUCUGAUGCUGAGGCAGAGGAAGGAGAGGAGGAAGAAGAAUCUGAUCCGGACCCCUUUGCCACGGACUUCUCCAGACCACCAGACGGCAGAACCAGAUGUGAAGUGGAGCGAGAGCAGCAAGAGGCCGCUGAGGAGGAAGAGGAAGAGGGCGACUUCCAUACCACGGGGGAGCUUGGAGAAGUUUCUUCGGGUGAACUUCGCCCGGCAUGCUGGCCCACGCCUGAUUCAGAUGAUGGCGAUUUCGGAUUUGGGUUGCAAACGAAGGACUAG